GUAAAUCCAUGUAAAGCUAAUCCUUGCCGCUAUGGUAAUUGCUCAGUAGCUGGAAACGAUUACAAGUGUACAUGUUUUUCUGGAUAUACAGGAGAAAACUGCGAUCAGGAAAUUGAUGAAUGUGCUUCCAACCCUUGUCAACAUGGUCGUUGUAUCAACACAGACGGCAGCUAUCGUUGUGAGUGCCACAUAGGAUUUACUGGUCAAAAUUGCGAUACAGACGUAUGUGAUCCUAAUCCUUGCUUUCAUGGAGACUGCGUGAAUGUUCGAUCAGAUCAGUAUAGAUGUCGUUGUAAAUCUGGCUUUACUGGAAAACAUUGCGAAACAGAUAACUGUGAUUCAAGUCCCUGUCAGAAUGGUGUUUGCGUGUCAACACAAAACGGCUACGAAUGUCGAUGUAAACCCGGUUAUCAUGGAGUUCAUUGUGAAGUUGACGUUUGCAGUUUAAAUCCUUGUUAUAAUGGCCGAUGUACUGUAACGGAAUCUGGGAAUUACAACUGCAUAUGUCGCGAAGGUUAUUCUGGUAAACAAUGUGAAACAGGAGUUUGCCAAGUAAACCGUUGCCUGAACAACGGGACAUGCGAACCUGUAGGUGGAAAUUAUUAUAAAUGUCGCUGCAAGUCUGGAUUCUUUGGAAGUCAUUGUGAAAAGACAAUUUGCGAAAAGAAUAAAUGCCAAAAUAAUGGAAGAUGCGAACCGUUGCAGGGAUCUUAUUACAGAUGUCGCUGCCCGGACGGAUUCUAUGGAAAAUACUGUGAUAAAAAAAUUUGCGUACCAAAUGAUUGCCAAAACAAAGGAAGAUGCGAGCCUUUGCAAGGAGCUUCUUACAGAUGCCACUGCCAGUCUGGAUUUUAUGGAAUCCAUUGUGAAAAUAGAGUUUGUCAGACAAAUCCAUGCAAGAAUAACGGAGUUUGCCAACCUGCGGGUGGAACUUCUUAUAGAUGUCGCUGCCAGUCCGGAUUUUAUGGGAGCUUUUGCGAUUAUAGGGUUUGCCAAACAAAUCCUUGCGAAAAUAGUGGAGCUUGCGAGCCUGCAGGUGGAGCAUAUUAUAAAUGUCGCUGCCAGUCUGGAUUCUAUGGAAGCCAUUGUGAAUAUAUUUGUCAAACAAAGCCGUGCAAGAAUGGUGGAAAAUGUGUACCCCUGCAAGGAGCUUAUUACAGAUGUCGCUGCCAGCAUGGAUUUUAUGGGGGACAUUACUAUUGCGAUUCUAAGCCUUGCGGUCAUCAUGGUACCUGUACUCAAACUAGCUUAGGAUAUGCUUGUACCUGUAUAGUAGGCUAUACUGGUCAAAAUUGCCAAUAUCGUAAGAUAAUAGCGUUUUACGCUCUUUGA